CGUUUGGUUUGCUGCAAAUGUGUAGUGCAAUCUACUCCUCACAGUUGCACUCGUUGCGGUUAUGACAUUAUGUUAUGAAUUUUAGGUUAAACUCCGAAUCAUCGACUGCGAUGAUGAUUUAGAAUAGGAAUUCGUAGCAUGUGCUUAGUUAAUCAUACUCAAAGAAUGGCGGAGGUAGGAGCUAAGGUCGAAUUUGUCACGUCGCAAUGUCCAUUAAAACCUCGGAAAAUCGGUCCUCAAAAUAUCGUAGUUCGUCUGAGACGUCGAGAGAUGUUCGGGUGCAGGUAUCCGGGUACCCAUGUACUUGUAGCUCGGCAAUUCUAUCAAAAUGUGUUCCCCAACUUUACCGUUGUUAAUGUUGAGAAGCCACCUUGCUUCCUCCGGAAAUUCAGUCCGGACGGAAGAUAUCUGGUGGCAUUCAGUUCGGACCAAACUUCCAUUGAGGUGUACGAAUACCGCGGUGCAUCUGCUGCAGCUGGCCUUCUCGCUGAAUGCAGGGGGGAGUACGUGGGACAUAAGAACGAUGAGCAAACUUUUCAGAUUAGAAGUAAUAUCUUCAAUCAUUUCUUCAAGGCAAAGUGGAUAGUCAAUGUAGCUCAGAGUAAUGAACAACUCAAUCGUGAGUGUAGUUUGUUCACAGAUGAUGGGCGCUAUGUGAUUGUAGGGUCUGCUGCAUAUAUUCCUGAUGAGUUGCGGCCCCAUUUUUAUCAGAUCUAUUCAAAUAACGAAGCGUUGACACCAAAUCCUAGAUCUCCACUGGAAGACUAUAGUCUUCACCUGGUUGACCUUCGUGCUGGACGAUUGUGCGAUACAAGGCACUUCAAGGUGGAUAAAAUUUAUCUAUCUCAUAAUCAAGGCUUGUACUUGUUCAAAGAUAUUUUGGCAGUAUUAUCUGUGCAGCAUCAAACUAUACAUAUAUUUCAAAUUCUCGAUGGAAUGUUCAUCAAUGUUAGGACCAUUGGAAGGUUUUGCCUGGAGGAUGAUGGCUACCUUGUCACCAGUGCAUGGCCCGCAGUUAAUUUCAGACCAUACAGAGAUGUGACAAUCAACAGUCUGAAACAUAAGCUUUUGGUUUAUUUAUUCAGAAGAGCCAAGUACAUAAGCGAUUCGACCAGCGACCCAUACGAACUUCGUCGGUUUCAUCAGUACUUUGAUCAAUUACAGGCUCUUCGUAUGUGGAAAAUGCAAUUGCUGGACACGAAUCAUAUAUUAGUCCGUUAUGCCAGCGAGGAGGUGGCAACUCUUCAGGCAAGUGAACCCAAUGCGCAACCAGCUCUCCUUGUCGUUUACGAUAUGGUAGCUGCCAAGGUCCUCGCUGCAUACGACAAUGCCUCCACGCAGCUUCUCACACAGUUUGAGAAUUUCAGCGAUUUUUUUAGAAAUGCUAGAAUGAGCACUGAUCGUCAAUAUAUGUGUUCACCUUCGAACAAUAUCUAUGCAAGAUUGAUACAGCAAAGGUUCAAGCAGACGAUAGUUAGCGCACGUUACGGUGGCCAAACCGAAGCAACGAAAAGAUUACUCGCCCAGCUGCCAAUCAGUGCCCAAUCCUACUCAAGUUCGCCGUACUUGGAUCUCUCAUUGUUUUGUUACGACGAUAAAUGGGUGUCGAUGAUGGAACGACCAAAGGCAUGCGGAGAGCACCCCAUACGCUUUUACGCUCGCGAUUCCGGAUUGUUAAAGUUCCGAAUUUAUGCGGGUAUGCUGGGCCGAGCGACCCCAGUGGUUGCCAGACGUCUAGUCGCUUUCACCUUCCACCCAAGUGAUCCCUUCGCCAUUUCGGUACAGAGAACAAAUGCAGAAUAUAUAGUCAACUUCCACAUUCGACACAUCUGAUUAAUCAAGAGAAUAAUUAAUAGUGGUCGCGUAAAUUGUUUUGUAAUAUAGAGUUGAAGUGAUUCAAGAAAUUUUAUACGUAGUUCAUUCUUAGUUGAGUAGUGCAACUAAUGCAAGAAAAUAAUCAAAAACUUUCACAGAAUGGUGGGUGCUCCUUGUAUUGUAAAUUUUGUAAAUAUCAAACGAUCGUAAUAAAAUAUUAGUAAUAAUGUUCAUUUCAAUAAAAUGCCACAUGACUUUCAAAGAUAGGAUUUCAUAUGUUUUUAAACACUGAAAGGCUGGACAAGCUGUUGCAGUGAUUUUGAGAAAUGAACCGCUUAAAACGCAGUUUCUGUUUUGUAUCAUUCUAAUAAAUAUGGAAUUGAAUAAAAUUACGUGGUUUUGAGUCGCCAUUUAA